GAAAGCAUCCCUCCACGGACGCCAGUGCUGCUGUAGCCUACCAGCACACAAUUGCCCCGUACGUGCAGAUAGUACUCUGGUUCGAUGGCUUCAGGGAAACGGAAUUUCUGCAUUUGAGCUUCAGUUCGGUGAUUCGGGACUUUCGGGAGCUUUCAAUGUAAUAUUUGACACGGCUGCUGCAGACCGGUGACUUCUUCCCAAAGACCAGACGAAGUGCCAAGUGAUGCCAAAACAGUGCGCGCGGACAACCAAUCAGUGCGUGUUUCUCUCUUUAUCAAGUAUUUGGAUUUGGCAAAUCAAAGCCUUUCAAGGUUCAUUCCUUCAACUAACUUCAUAGUUUGCUUGAAUUCUUUUUUAACUUGGAAUAUUGGAUGUUUUUCUUCUUCAUAAAAACCCUUUUAGUCACUUCAAUGGGAUUGUGACCUCUCAUCAAUGAAGUCCGGCAGGUGACCAACUAAUUAAAUAUGAGAAGUUUGAUUGUUUUUAUUCUAUAUUUAUCAACGUGUCUGUCAGCGGUGAGUGGAAGACAUCCAACAUGUAACUUCCUUCUGGAGCUUGAGAAAGACCAGGAGGAAUGUCUUGUGAAGCUGAGGGAACAAGAAUCUUCAAAUGCCUCCAAAGGAGCGGGAUGCAAAGCUAUCUGGGAUAACAUAGCAUGUUGGGGCCGUGCAGAGGUUGGAGAGACCGUCUCUAGGGAAUGUCCCAGAGUGCUCAAGACAUUCUUUGGCAGAAAUGGAAACAUAAGUAAGAACUGUACAGAGGACGGAUGGUCUGAAGUUUUUCCCCAAAUAACCCGUGUGUGUGGGGCAGAGGAAAAGCAUGAUAAGCUGGUCUUCUUUAUGGUGGUGAAGACUCUGUACACCCUGGGCCACAGUUUGUCUUUGAUCGCCCUCACAACCGGGAGCGCCAUCCUCUGUGUAUUCAGAAAACUCCACUGCACGAGGAACUACAUUCACCUCAACCUGUUCUUUUCCUUCAUCCUGAGGGCGGUGGCGGUCCUUGUGAAGGACGACAUCCUCUUCUCUCGCAGCAAUCAGUGUUCUGAGCUGCCUUCACUGAUUGGAUGCAAGGCGAGCCUGGUGAUUUUUCACUACUUUAUCAUGGCCAACUUCUUCUGGUUGCUGGUUGAGGGCCUCUACCUCCAUAUGCUGCUGAUUGUCAUCUUCUCUGAAAAUAGGCACUUCAUCGUUUAUCUUCUCAUUGGCUGGGGAAUCCCAACAGUGUUUGUUUCUGCAUGGGCUAUUGCAAGGGUUUAUUAUGAGGAUACUGGCUGCUGGGAACAGAAUGAUAACCCAAUCCCAAUGUGGGUGAUCAAUGUGCCCAUAGGAAUCUCCAUCAUGGUGAACUUCCUCCUGUUCAUCAGUAUUAUAAGAAUCCUGGUUCAGAAACUGAGGUGUCCUGAUGUGGGUGGCAACGACCAGUCACAAUACAGGAGGUUGGCCAAAUCCACUCUCCUGUUGAUCCCUCUGUUUGGCAUCCAUUAUGUUGUCUUUGUGUCUCUCAAUGAAUCCAUGGUAGAUUACAAAAUCUUCUUUGACCUCGCUAUCGGAUCCUUUCAGGGCCUGGUGGUUGUCAUCCUGUACUGUUUCUUAAACAGUGAGGUUCAAGGGGAACUGAAGAGAAAAUGGCAGAGUAUAUGCCUCAACUGCCAUAUGGCCAGAAACUACACCCAGCACAACACCUCAGCCUCCAGAAACGGCUCAGAGAACAUGGCUCAGUUCCAACGUAACUGUCGGGCCCAGUCCUUCCUGCAGACCGAGACUACUGUACUGUGAGGGCUGCGGGUAAAGAGGCAUCUGUCUCCAUUAAAACGCUAUAAAACUCUGCUAUUGGCCUAAAUACACACUACAGCAAGCAUAGGCUACAGUUGUGGGCACUAAAAAGUUAGGUUGGCCCACAGUAUUGGCAGAACAAUUACGGAAAUGGCUUUAGGAUCUUCUAAUGAGUCUAUCUAUGUCUAUUAAACCUGUACCCUUUAUUGUGCCUGCAACUUAUGGCAGAUGUCAUAACAGGGUAUUUUUAACAGAUAUGAAUAAAUUGGUCUUUCUGCAGUAAUGCCAAUGUUUUUAAGUCAUUGGUUAGUUUAAAUAAACCUUUCAUUAAACGAUGCCAGGGUGAAGUGCUGUGCAUGGCUAGUAUACUUCUCCCUCUUCCUCUCUCUUUCCCUCUCCCUCUUCCUCUCUCUUUCCCUCUUCCUCUCCCUCUGUGGUGAAAUGGAUUUCACACUGUGCAUAAUGAAAUGACCUCAUGCAGCCCUCCACCCAUGUGUUCUGACACUAGUCUAAAUGAACAAUGUCUUUCAAGUUAAUAUCUGAGUCUCAAAUGGCACCCUAUUUCCUAUAUAGUGCACCACUUUUGACCAAAGCCCUAUGGACCCUGGUCAAAAGUAAUGCACUAAACAGGGAAUAGGGUGCCAUUUGGGACAUUGACACUAUCGUUUGAGUCAUUUGUGAUGACUUUCAGAGUGAAAAGAACUAAAGGGUAAGAGAUUUAUGGAUUCAAAUUAACAAUGGUUUCAUCUUGACCGUCAAACAUUGUAUCUACUUUCGUAAAUGUAAAACAACUGUAGCAUAGAUUUAGUUUUCUUCAUGGUUCAUUUGCUGUUUAAACAAUUAAGCAAUGGGUUGUCGAACUGAACUGGGGUUCUAGUAGAUCUAAUUUUGUAAAACAUGAUUACAAGGAGACUAGGAUUGUCAUGGCAAAGAUGUAUAGAUAUACAGUAUGUACAUUUGACAUGUUGCUUUGUAUUACCGUCGAGAGGAUUAAAAUGGAUAUAGAGACUUAAAUGAGAUAGUUGAGAACAAGUACAAUAUGAGCAGGUAGGAGAGGAGAUGAAUUGUAAAGGACCAUUGUGUAUAUUAGAGGGUCUAUUGACCUACUGCAAAGUCUAAAGUACUGGUAUGUCAUUUUUGCUAAGAUAUUACUCAGCAUUAUUUUCUGCAAAGACACCAUGAAUGUCAUACCACAACAUGAUUGAUGAACAAUCUCUUGUUAGUAUUGUAUCAUGAAUGUAAUUUUCCUCUUUAUCUUUUACAGUAUGUUAUGCUUUUGUGUGUGUUCAUUCCUCACUAAGACAACCAACCAAAGCCAUCUCUGUUGUAAGUUAUGUAAGUCGCUCUGGAUAAGAGCGUCUGCUAAAUGACUUAAAUGUAAAUGUAUGUACCUAUCCUGUCUAUUUAAAUUUUAACUCAAGGUAUGAGUUCUGUGGUAGAUCCAUGCUCCUGUCUGGACUGCUAUACACACAUCCAUCCGGCUGAACAAACUGACCCUGAACCAGACCGGGAUUUCAGGUGCUUCGUGUAGAUAUGGAAGACAGAUAGGAAAUGACUGCUGAUUACCUCACAAAGGUGUUUCCACUGACAAGGUGACAAUGUUUAGACUUGAGGUCAUAUGAGAAGGAGACCUAAGCUCCAACACGGUCAUCUUUUGUGUUUCCUAGAAAAAUCCGCCCAAAUGUACUAUUAUUCCCUGAUCUCCGAAGACAUUUCAAAUGUUGAGCGAACUCAUGUAUUUGCCAUGUAGAAAUCUGCCAGGAUUGUGUUUUUUGCAUGUUUGUCAUUGAUGUAGUCAAUCAAAAUGUUAACAGUGCCUAAUACUUUCUAUUUCAUCUUAGAGUUAUUUUAUUCUACAUUCUGUUGCUGUCUCCUUCCCAAAUGGCACAAUAUCCCCUACAUGGUGCACUACUUUGACCCUCUCUGGUCAAAAGUAGUGGACAAUAUAGGGAAUAGGGUGCCAUGUAGGGUGCAUCCUAUGUGUAUAUUAAAGAUCCAAGGAGAUGGAGAAGUGGAGUAAUGUCAUAGCUACCACAGUUAAUGUGUUCAUUUUGUGAACAUUAGUGAUGUAUCCUUGUAUUGAUGAGCCUGAACACCAGUCUGUUUGUGUUUUCAUGCCAAGUGUCAUGCACAUUGUCAUUGGCUUUACAUGGACCGCCAUGGAGUUGGCAAGAGCAUAAACAGAUCUGGAACCAGGCUAUGUAUUGAUGUCCUUAUGAGAACAAAAUGUAUUUUUGCCUUCAUGGUCAAGAGAUAUUUCCAUUAGCUGAUUUCUCACCGCUAUACAGUGGACAUGCUCUAACACUUUUAUAUAUUAGCAACAUGCUUUCGAAUGAUGCUUUGUUUAAUGUCUGGGUAUGUAUGUUAUGAGCACAUGAUGAAUAAACUUGACCUUCAA